AUGCAACUUUCCUGCCUCGCCCUCUUCGCUGCCACCGCCGCCGCCCUGGCCUUGCCCCAGCCCAUCCCCAAGCCUGACUACGAUGAUGAUGAAUGCGACAUGUCGUGCUCCUGCCGCAAGGCCUACAAGAACACGUACUGCACCGAUGUCGAGUUCAAGGACCAGUGGAACUGCAUCAACCCCGAAGACAGGCCGCCCCGUUCGUUCAUCCGGCAGACAGACUACGGGGCAGCCCCGGGUCGCGUUACGGUUUACUGCACUGUUUAG